CAAGACUUGGUUUCGUGUUUCAUUCUUGUCAGUUUGAUUAGACUGUAAGUACAGUUUUUCCAAAUACACAACAUUUCAAUUAUAUAUAUUAAAGAUCAAUAAUGCAGUUUAGUAGGAAAUUAAAUUUUUUUUUAUUAAUUUGUUGUUCUUUCUGUAUUAAAGUGGAUAGUGAUACAGAACGUUUGCUAUCAAGAAAGAAACGAUAUGUUGUUUUUCCAGAAGGAUCAAGUUUUUCGAUUGCUCUAUGUAUGACUGUUCACACACUAACGCCUGAUGAUAUUUUCACGGAGGGUCUCAAUUGGGGAAUUUCAUACGAUCUACCCAAUGAGAGUAAACCUGAAUUGGAACCAGCUUUGGCACUGAGGAAGGACAAAUUCAAAAUAAACAAUAAAAUCAAUAAAAUUCCCAUGGGAGAAAAGAAUAAUUAUUACAAAUAUGGAAAUUGGAAUGCAGAUGGCAAAUAUUAUGUUUUACCAAAUUAUAAAAAAUACUACAAACACAAUUAUCAUUAUUUACAAAGACGACACAGGAGAGAUCUGUAUGAUAAACUUGAAGUUAUUAUGAGAGCAAUGGGAUUCGAUGGAAGGAGUUGCGUCCUACGCGCUUUAUGUGAAGCGUCCCAGAGACUUAUGCCGAAAGGAAACACUCUCGUAGAAGAAAUGAUGAGGAUCGCUUUUUCGUUACCACUGAGAAAGGUAUUCUCAUUCGAACCAGAUGAACACCACACGUACACGAAUGCUCAUAAAGCCGGUCACGAGGGACAAAACUGCCUGGCCAUGUUCCCUGGAUGCACUUUCUCUCUUAUAGACAUGGCCCUCGGGAAAUAUAACACACCCGAAGAUCCACCUUACAAUCCAGAUGCCUCAGAACGGGUCACCGAAACUUCGGAUAGAAGAAGAGCUCCGGCAAAAGAACGAUACAACAUGAAGUAACAUGACAAGGGUGGAAAAUGAUACACUUUUCAACCCGCUGGGUUGCCGCGACUCCUUUUUCAUAGACAAAAUGAACACAUCGCUUUUUCUUCAACGCUAUUCUAUAUACAUACCUAUACUGACACAAGAGAUAGGGAUAUGAAAAAAAAGUGAUAUUUUCAUUUUUCACCUUGCUCAAAAUCUUUAAUUAUUAUUUAUAUAAUAAAUUCUUUCACACACAGAAAAAAAAUAUUCUUGUUUUGAAAAGAUUCUUCUUCUUCUUAUUAUUAUUAUAAUAUUAAAAUUAUUAAAAUUUUAUCUAAAUUUUGAGGUUAUGUUCGUUUCUAGGUUAGGGGAAUUUUAACUUAUGUUUAUCGGAUAUAGCCUCAAACCCAACGGUCCCUUGACCUAUGUCCUUGAAUUUUGAGGUUAUGUUUGAACUAAUGCCUUGAAUUCUGGAUACCUAUGCCCUAGAAUUUUGAGGUUAUGUUUAAACUAACCUAACCUAACCUUGUCAAAAACAUGGGUUGGGUACAAUUGACAUGGAAUGAUCCAUACUGGUGGCAGCGGCGAAAUCUUUUUAUAGUAUUCAUAUAUAUAUUUUUUUUAAAUAGUAAAUUUAAGGUCAUGUAAUUAUUGUGAUUUCAGAUGUAAAUAUUCUCCACAGGUUUUCUCGCAAAAUAUACCUACUUCAUAAAUUGAGCUAGAAUUUUUG